CGGGAAGGAUAUAUAAAAUUCUCAACUGGAGUAAGCCGCGCAGUGGGCAAAGAUGCUUCUGGGGCGUUCAAAUGCUUCUUAAAUCCUUUCUGCUUCUACGCCACAUUUGAAAGUUAUCAUUCCUCACUACUAGAAAAGGAAAGUUCAGUCUCGUGCAUUCUCCAGCGUCUAUUUCGUAUGUACUAGUACACAUGGUUCGAAGGGCUUGUUUGAAUUACUGCGAUAUCUUGAUUCCGAAGAUCAAUGUCUUAAGUUAGCUUUCAGGUCCCAGUGUCGAACUCAGGUAUGAGGCUUUUCAAUGCGGGGAAUGUCAAGAUCGUGGAACACUUUAAAAGAAUAUACAUAUAGCCGGGGAUACCGCCACUUUUGGUGACAUGAUUCCACUUGAGUCGUGGAUUCAACAAUGUUCUCCAUGGUUACAUGGUUGCUUCUUUUGGCCGUAACGGUAGCGGCCUUCCUUGAUAUUGAAGAUGAUUUCGAAAACAAUGCAACUACCAAAGUCUUACCAAACCGGAUGGUUGAUGAUGGAGUUUUUCAGCUGGGAGUGACGAAAGUUGCGGGAGUCCCAAAUGUUCAAAAAAGGCAAUCCAAGUCAAAUUUGGCCAACCCUUACAUUGGGGAUAUUUACAUGAUCACCGUACAGAUUGGGUAUCCCGCGCAGUCUAUAACCCUCAGUAUCGAUACAGGGAGCAGUGAUGUUUGGGUGAAUCCACAGUGCGCUACCUCGGGGUGGACAUCAUUUUGCUCCAGUUAUCCUCAGUACGAUCCCACGAAAUCUACCUCUUUCGUACCAUUGAGUCAAGCCUUGAAUAUAGCGUAUGGUAUCGGCGCAGUAACUGGAGCUUAUGCGACGGACAAUUUUAUGAUGGGGUCAGGUCCAACUCUUAAAAAACUUCAGUUUGGUGUUGCAUCGGGCAGUAAUCGAAUGUUUGCGGGUAUCAUGGGUGUAUCUUGGGGGCUUGGCCUUGGAACUGGUUAUUACAAUAUUAUUGAUCAACUUGCUUUGCAAGGUCUGACGAAAACUCGUGCAUUUGCCAUAGACUUGGGCAAUGUCGAUACAGCUUCAGGCUCCAUUAUCUUUGGCGGUCUUGAUACAAAGAAGUACUAUGGCUCACUAAUUAAAAAUCCCAUUAUACCAUUUUAUCAAAGUCCGGAUGGUUAUCCAAGAUAUUGGAUCAAUAUGACGUACUUUGGAAUCACAUUUCCAGGCCAGCUACCGACAAAUUUGACAUCCACUGGCUAUGCGAAACCCGUCAUUGUUGACUCCGGAAGUACAUUGAGUUAUUUGCCACCUUCACUUGUCAACGCCAUGCUCCCUUAUUUUCCAGGAUGGGUCAGUAAAGGAGGUGGCCUCUAUACCAUUCCUUGUAGCUUCCGAAAUAUCGCAGGCACGAUGGAUUUCGGAUUCGCAGGGCAGAUUAUCAGGAUCCAAUUAGCUCAAUUCAUAUGGUUCAAUGGUGCUACAUGCUAUGGGCCCAUUGCCAAUGCCGCCGAAAAGACGGAUGUGAUCUUAGGAGAUACCUUCAUGAGAGGUGCUUAUGUGGUGUUUGAUCAGGACAACGCAAAUGUCCAUAUUGCGCAAGCUGCGAGUUGCGGAUCAAAUAUUGUGCCCAUCACUUCGGGUACCGAUGGAGUUCCUUCAAUGACAGGAGGUUGUCCGAGUCCCGCAUUUUCUUAUGGAACAUCAUCUUAUACGGUCUAUCCAACUCCCUCGGCAUUAGUUCCAUCUUCUUCAUUCAGAUCUUCUUCAUCUACAUCUUCUUCGAGAAGUUCCACACUCCCUACAUUGAAAAUUACUUCAAUAACAUCCCCUCUCACCACAUCAACAACUAGAUCUAUUAUCACUUCAUCCUCUACGCCAAUACUUAGAUCUUCUAACCUUUCACUCCCCUCUUCGUCCUCUUCGUCAACGGUUAGAGUUUCUACCCUUCCAACUUCCCCUUCAUCGAGAACCACUUCAACGAGCUCUUCCCCCACAAUAGCGAUAAUGAGGUCUUCUGCCCUUUUAUUCUCUUCUUCAUCCUCUACGUCAAUAGCUAGAACUUCUACUGCCCUUUUACUGACAACCACUUCGACGAGAUCUUCUACCCCUUCGUCAUCUACAUCAACUACUAGAUCUUCAUCCUCGUCGCUGGGGCUUGGUUUGAUCGGCUCUACGACUACGUCUACAACAUCCACCAGAUCUUCUUCGCUUUCUUCAUUUCGUUCUUCAUCUUCAUCUAUAUCCUGUGGCAUAGGCUGUGGACCGACGACUACUGUGUAUAUUACCGUUACCAGGUCGACCUGAAAAUGAUGCGCGUGUUCAAUCUUUUUUGUUUAGAUUCUGAAUGCGACAUGUAAGGAUAGCCCAGUAUGACGCAUCAUAAUAGGUUCUUUAUGGUGCGAUUGGAAAGGUUGGACUACUUUUUCACUUAGAGGCCUGCAUUGUAUGAUUUAUUUUUAUGAUGAGACACUGGACAGUCUGCAGUAUACGAGGGCAGCUGUCCAGGGAAAAAAUAACUGACCCGUUUAUAUCGCAACGCAAUCAGAUUCUGUGCGAGUAGAGAAUUCAGUUUAAAGCUAGUGGGUUUGGGCCCUUUGAUGGAUAUAGAGGGCAAAAGAACUUGGGAUUAUCCUUUCCGGCUCUGUACUUGUUGGUCUAUCAAUAACAGUGUGCA